ACGACCAAAGAUAUGGCUUUACCGAAAAAUAUUAUCACAAAAAAUAUCUAUCGUAUUUCACACGCGUACAUUUGAUAUCGAUUGUCUAAAAUAACGGACGCGUAAACAUCGAAGGACAGUUUUAUAUUCGACGGGUGUUUUUCACUGGUACGCAAAAUGAAAUCAGAAGAAAUACGAAGAGAUGACUACAGUGUUGUAGAGACAAAAGAUAAGGAAGAGAUGCAGAAGAAAGAGGCAGAGGAUAGCGAUGCGCUAGAGAAUGUCCUAUAUCACGCGGGCGGCAUGGGCCUCUACCAGAAGUUGUUGUUCCUCUCCAUGUUACCUGUUGGCUACUUCUUCGUGUUUAUCUACUUCGGGCAGAUGUUUAUCACGGCUACACCGCAGCAACACUAGUGUCAUGUGCCGGAAUUGGCGCACUUGGAUUUGGAAACUAGACGCAACUUGUCGGUACCGCGCGUGGGGGAUGGGUGGGCGCAGUGUGCGGUGUACGCGGCCAACUGGAGCCACGUGCUGCACGACAUGCAGCCGCCGGAGCCCGCUACUCCCACGGUGCCCUGUAAGCAUGGCUGGGACUUCUUGCUGGGAGACAUUCCCUAUCACACUGUCGUCAGCGAGCGAGGGUGGGUGUGCGAGUACGCCGGUUACGCGCCUCUAGCACAGACCAUAUACUUCGUGGGUGCCUUAGUUGGAGGAAUACUCUUUGGUUGGAUGGCGGACCGGUUCGGUAGAGUACCCGUGUUGGUUGGUACACAUUUGAUAGCGUGCAUUGGAGGUUUGGGAACUAUCUACACGACCGGCGUCUGGGACUUCAUUUUCUGCAGGUUCCUCGUUGGGAUGGCGUUUGACAACUGCGCUAUGAUGCUAUACAUACUCGUGUUGGAGUACGUGGAACCCAAGUACAGGACGCUCCUAGUGAGCAUGUCCACUGCUCUGUUUUUUGGGACCGGCGCUCUGUUGCUUCCUUGGAUCGCCUAUUUUAUUGCUGAUUGGCGAAAGUUCCUAUGGAUCACUUCUUUACCACUCGCGUUAAUGGCUUUCGCACCCUUCGUUGUUCCAGAGAGUGCAAGAUGGCUUGCAUCACGAGGCAAAGUAAACCGAGCCGUCAAAGUCCUGAGAACACUUGAAAAGGUCAAUGGAACGAAAAUACCUCAACAAGUUAUGGACGAUUUUAUUGUAUCGGCAACUCAGACCACAGAAACGAACGAAUCUCUGAUAGACCUGUUCAAGAUUGGUCCUCUACGUAACAUGAUCAUAUACAUGGUUGUGAUCUAUAUGGCGUGUGCGAUGAUGUUUGAUGGCCUCGUGCGUAUGUCUGAAGGUCUGGGUCUCGACUUCUUUGUUACCUUCACCCUCGCCUCGGUAACCGAGAUACCUUCAGUUACUAUAGUUGCCAUCGUUCUAGACAGAUGGGGCCGAAGAAAUCUCACAAUUGUUCCCACCGUAUUAGCUGGAGCCCUCACAAUAAUUGCUGGAUUUCUACCCAAAGGUGUGCCGCAGGUGGCGCUGGCGAUCGCGUCUCGCUUCAUGAUCAACAUGUCGUACACGGCGAUCGUGCAGUGGAGCGCCGAGUUGGUGCCUACAGGGGCGCGCGCCUCGGGCUCCGCCCUCAUACACGUCAGCGGGUACAUCGCCACAAUGAUGUCGCCUUUCAUCGUUUACUCGGAACGAGUUUGGAGUCCUCUCCCGUUGCUGAUCCUAGGCGGCACUGCGCUAGUGGCCAGUAGCUUCGCUUUGCUGCUGCCGGAGACGAUGGGCAGGCCGAUGCCCCAGACUAUGGAUGAGGGGGAGCGAUUCGUCAGGUCGCACACCGUGUGCGGAAAAGCUGAAGACAAAGAUGAUUUUAAGUACGAGAAAAGCGAUGCUCUCAUCACGUAGAAAAUUGCGGUGUGGUGUACUGACGUCAGACAUCUUCCAAACUGUAGCGAAAUAAUUUGACAGCUAAGCCAAAGCUAUAGUACAAUUUGUAGAUAAAAUUAUUAGUUAUCUGUAGCACGAGUACCAUUAUACAACUUAGUAAGU